GGAGGGUGGGCGCAGCUCAGUUGUCAUCCGCGACUGCCCGCGCCAGUUGGUGGCGUCGGCCUGUUGGGCUGUUUCCGUGAGAGGCGACAGAGAGCGUACGUUGGCAUUCGCAGGUUCCUUGUCCCAGCUGAGGUCUUUCGAGGGGGUGUCAGGUUCCUGCUGAUUGGAGGGCGGGCUGGGCCUGGUUCUGAAAAGGUCUGUGGACAAAAACCUGUUCCCGCCCCAGCCAGAUGAACAUGCGACCCCAGCAUGAGAAGGGGCACAACUGGAGUCAGGGGAACUUCCCUCGGGAGCUUGGGAGCAGGCCAGCUGAGUAGGGGGCGCUCCAGGAUGGAUGCAGCCCUUGAGGGGCCACCCGGCCCAAGGCGGACCUGCCAGGGGAUCGUUAGGCUAUAUUAAUGGCGCGCUGUGCCUGGCUGGCCCCUGGUGGUAGGGGCCUAUUUUCUUGAGUCGGUACCCGCUAGUCGCUCACAGUCUCAGCUCAGCCGAGAGUCCCCAGGACCUGGCCCGUUUCCACCCUCAGAGAGGCGCUGUCCCGGGGCGGGGGGGUAAGUCGCGGGGCUUCCCGAGGAGGGGCUUCUGUAGGACACGUAGGGAAGGAGUUACCCAGAGGACCAAGCGAGCCGAAGGUCCCUGUCCCAGUUAUCUGACCCACUGAACCUCCAGGCCCGCAGACCCGUUUGACUUUUCCCAUUUGUCCACUAGUGAGUGUGAUGGAGCAUCGCCUCUUCCUCCAGGUUUCCAGUGCCCGCCCUGACAGUCCUGACAGGCAGACUUUGGCCGGGUCCUGCCCUCACUUCCGUCCGUGGGCCGAUCAAAAUGAUGGGGGGACAAGAUGGCGACUGGGCCAAAUGGGCUCGAUGAGUGGGUGGGCAGCGCAUACCUGUUUGUGGAGUCCUCGCUGGACAAGGUGGUCCUAUCUGAUGCCUAUGCUCAGGCCCAGCAGAAGGUGCCGGUGUACAGAGCUCUGCGGACUGCACUGACAGAGAGUGGCGGGAGCCCAGACGUACUGCAGAUGCUCAAGAUCCACCUCAGCGAGCCCCAGCUGAUUGUGCAGGUGCGUUUCCGCGGGCGCCAGCCCUGCAGCCGCUUUCUCCGCGCUUACCGCGAGGGGUCGCUGCGCGCUGCGCUGCAAGAGUGCUUGGCGGCGGCUCUCUCCCUGCACUCUGUGCCGCUGCAACUGGAGCUGCGCGCCGGCACGGAGCGGCUGGACACCUUGCUGACGGAUGAGGAACGCUGUUUGAGUUGCAUCUUCGCCCAGAAGCCUGACCGGCUCCGGGACGAGGAACUCUCUGAGUUGGAGGAGGCGCUCCGGAAUCUGGCGUGCUGCUCGGGGAGCCAGGGUGGCAACACAGAGGUCGUUCCAGCGCCCUCGCAGUCCCUGGCCACCUCUCUCUCAGAGGAGAAGCCGCUGCCACCACCGCCGCCGCCGCCUGUCCAGACUUUUCUGUUCCAGGGUCAGCCCAUAGUGAACCGGCCGCUGAGCUUGCAGGACCAACAGACGUUUGCGCGUUCAGUGGGUGUCAAAUGGCGCAAAGUGGGGCGCUCUCUGCAGCGAGGCUGUCGUGCGCUGCGGGACCCGGCGCUUGAUUCACUGGCCUAUGAGUAUGAGCGCGAAGGGCUGUACGAGCAGGCCUUCCAGAUGCUGCGACGCUUCGUGCAGGCAGAGGGCCGCAGGGCCACGCUGCAGCGCCUGGUAGAGGCCCUUGAGGAGAACGAGCUCACCAGCCUGGCAGAGGACUUGCUGGGCCUCACAAAUCCCGAUGGCAGCCUGGCCUAACCUGGGUACCAGAAAAAGGGGGGAUUGGCCAGUUGCCCAGCAGGAUUUGGAGCGCCCGAAUGACCCUUGGCUCCUUCUGCUGCUAUUGCUGAGCUCCUGUCCAUCCAUGGGACUCUGAGACCACACUUGUAACCCCACUUAGCCCAGCUGUUGGAGCUCCUGGGCACUGUCGACUGCCUUCUCCAGGAGUUGGACAAGCACCCACCAUUCCUGUUGCAGUGCCAUUGGGGGUUUGGCCCCAGAUACUGUGAGAUUAACAGGGUGCAUGGGUGACCUGCUGCAGCAGUCUGCCCACCCCAAAUGAGGGGCUUCUGGCCAGCCCUUACCUCUUCACUCAUUGAACAACUACUCAUUAAGCACUUGCUGUGUCCUAGCCAUCAUGCUGGGUGCUGCAAAUACCGUGGUGAACAAGAUACAUGAAACCUGCCUGCCCCCAGUUUAUACUGUGUCGGACUGCAAAUUUUAAGCAACAGCAAUAAAAUAUUACCCGUUUUUUUAAAAUGUGAAAAAUACAAAAAGUU